UUUUUUCACUCCAGUGCGAAUUGCAUGAUCAAAUUUUUUUCUGUUUUUUGGGUAUCUGUUCGACAUCUCGCGUUGAGCGAGAUGACUCUUCCUACCCUGACGAAAAAUCCUGAAAAUUUGAACCAAGUCACAUGCAGGGGAAUAUGCAGCUGCGUAAUUUCUUGAGGCUUGGUAUAGACAGUGGCCGGACGCUGGUCUUUCGGAAACUGAGACUCGUCCUCGUGUGCUUGAAUCUGGGAAAGUAGACCGACAUCGGGGGUCCAAUUUCUCGAAGACAUGCAGGCCUUGCGCUGAAAUUCUCACAAGUUCUGUUGAUUUGGAAAAUUCGAGAAACGUCUUCCGACUUGUAACAAUGCUUAUCCCUGUGGGGGGUGGUGUUUCUAGCAGGAAAACUGAAGUGAGCUGAGAUGAAACCCGGGGUUAUGAAGAGUAGGCGUCUGUAUCGCAAGAUGAUGAACAAGUGAGGAGAUUAACCUUAUGCUGACAGCCCUGCCCGUAGUUAAGCGCUUGGAGGUCGUGGAGUUAGGGAAAGAUGGUGGGGCAAGCAGGAGGUGCAGGGGGCAGCGGACCGGCCAAGAGAGGAAGGCCAGCGGUCAAUGCCUCCAACAACAAUGCCGAUGCUCCUGGGGUUGCGGGAGUCGGAGCUCAGCCCACGCUUGGACCUUCUAUACAAGUUCAUAGCGGUUUUGCAGAGCAGAACCACAAGAGGUUAGUUUUGGCGCUGCAGAGUGGACUUAAAGGAGAGCUGACUUGGGCUCUUAACACAUUAACGAUGCUAUCCUUCAAAGAGAAAGAUGACAGCAGGAAAGAUUCGACUCCUCUAGCAAAAAUUCCGGGCCUUCUCGACGCUGUGCUGCAUGUGAUCAAUGAGUGGCGUGACAUUGGUCAUAAUAGAGAAUCUGCAAAGCUUGCGAGACCUCGUACAUUGGGAGCUGGGCGCCCUUAUACUGGAUUUGGUGCCGAGUAUGACAUCUCGAGUUCUGCAGAUCCCUUAAACCGCUUGAGGACGUUAUCAGAAAGCUGGACCCAAGAUGAAAGUAAGAGUGACGGCGAGGGGCAAAAAAAGGCUUCUGAUUGGUGGUGGGACGAAGAAGGCUUGUUCAACCUGGAUGAACUUGGGCGGGCAGAGAGGCAACAAUGUGCUGUUGCUGCCUCAAAUGUCAUACGAAACUUUUCUUUCAUGCCUGAGAACGAACAAACGAUGGCUCAAAAUCGGCAUUGCCUAGAAACUCUGGUAGUCUGCAUGGAGGAUCAUGAGACAGAGGAUGAUGAGCUCGUGACAAAUGCGCUGGAAUCUAUUGUCAAUCUGGCACCCUUUCUGCUCUUGAAAAUCUUCGGAGAGACCAUCGAUUCUCCCGCGCGAGGUCGAAUAACGGUCAAACGAGUUGUACAGGUCAUUCUGGGAAUGUUGGAGUCCCAAGUACGUGCAUGGCACUGCUCAGCUGCGGAGUUACUUGGUCGGCUGGUCGUCAAUCCUGACAAUGAACCUUUUAUUUUGUCGUUCGCACCCCAGAUCUACAGGCGGUUAGUAGAUCUUCUCGGCUUACCAGUGUCAGACGCCCAAGCAGCGGCCGUAGCCGCUCUGUAUAACUUUGCGGAGAUAAAUAUGGAUUGUCGUCUACGCCUUGCCAAUGAACGAUGGGCGGUGGGGCGACUAUUGCGAGUUGUUCAGGCACCACACCCUUUAGCUGAGAUAUGCCGAAAAGCAGCUUUAACACUGGAGAGCCUUGCCUCAGAGCCUCAAAAUCGAGCAGUACUCAUGUCACACGAGAAUAGUUUUGUGGAGAUAGCAAUGACGGACAUGCGCAUGUCUGAUAUAUUUGCUCGCAUCUUGUUCGAGAUGAGCUCCGGUACCAACUCCAGAGUUGCACCAGUACGUGGGGUCUGGGGUUCAUGACCUCGGACUCUUGUCACAUAUUUUUGUUGAUGACCGCAGCCAUUUUUGACAUUCCGAAGGUUGCGUAUGUAGAUGCAGGUAGAAUGUAGUGUUAAAGUGGAUAAUAUUAGCAAGUCUUGUCGAGUUUACGAUGCUUAUGAAAUGUAUGUCACACCACAACUCCGUCAUUCAUUCGACUUCUUUACUGAACUAUGUUCAUCAACCGAGGCACCGGUCAGCCAGGCCGGGAGCUCUCAUAUUCAGGCUAUGGUAGGAAUGUCUAUAGAGUGAUCAACUGCCCUGGUAGCGCAGCACAUGCACGACAUUGUCAUAAAAUCGUGGAAGCUCCACAGAGAGGACGAUGAAAGGGGAGUGUGGUUUAUCUUUGGGAGCACCAAUGGGGGCCUCACAAAGGACGAGUGGAAAAACACCAAUGUAAUACAAGAUGAUCUUUGCCUCUUAGGCUGAAGCAAUCCCAAACCUCGAUAACUAACCACGCUAAUUUCAAGCGACAUCUUGUCGAUUCGAAAUCCACGCAUCUGGAAGAGGAGAGGAGAAAUGUAAUAUUCAG